UAAGAAAGUUCAAGUUUUGAACUAUUUUUUAGUUUAUUGCGAAAGAAAAAGUUUAAUAUAUUAUGCAAUAUCUCAAAUCAUGGCUAAUUAAACAACUAAAUGGUGUCCUGUGCACGUACAUAGACAAUUUAGAUCCAACACAAUUCAAUCUUGGCAUAACGUCAGGUGAACUUGUCCUGAAAAAUCUUGUAAUAAAGAAAUCUGUUUUAAAUGAGUUUCUACCAUCAGUUCAGGCAGUUUAUGGUCAUAUAGCAAGAUUAAAAAUAGGUUUACCAUCGUCUAUGAAUUUAAGCAGUGUGGUUUUUGAAGUAGCAAUUGACGGAUUAUAUAUACUGUUAGAACCAAAAUCCCAAGACGAAUACAAUGAAGAGAAAGAAAACGCUAAAAUACAAGCAGAAAAACAAAAUCAGUUGGCAAAUAUAGAAUUAACUAGAAAACAGAAACGUGAGGCGGCUAAAAAAGAAGAGGGUUAUUUUUCAAGACUACGUGAAAAAUAUUUAAUGAUGGCCGUCAGGAAUAUAGAAGUACGCCUCACAAAAGUUCAUAUUAGGUAUGAAGAUAGAACUAUAAAUCCUGAAUUUCCUAUUGCGAUGGGUGUGACUUUAAGUCGUAUACUUGUUGAAACAACUGAUAAGAAAUUUCUGUCACAUGAAGCUACUGCAGAUCCAUUUGAAGAUAUGCUUAGAGCUUUUAAGGUUCGAUUUUUAAUCUUAACCCUUGAACGUACGAAUGUAACAUGGACGCUAUAUAUUACGCAAUAA